UUAUGAGUUUUGACAAAUCUGAACCCGGUCCGAUUCAAAGUCGAUUCUUCCAUUUGGAACCAAUCCCGCUGCAUUUUGCAAAGGCAGGGAAAGAUUUAGGGUUUGGAGCAAAUUAUUCAACAAUUAUCUAUCAUUUUUCGUAAAAUUAACAAUAUUUUCUUCAAAUUCUCGCCAUCAGCUUCUCCAAAACUCUAAUUGGGAGCCAUGACUGAGUAUUGGGUCAGCCAGGGUAACAAAUGGUGUGACUUUUGCAAAAUCUACAUAUCAAAUAAUCCUUCAAGCAUUAGAAACCAUGAGCUUGGUCAACGUCAUAGGGAAAAUGUUCGCAAGAAGCUUGCUGAUAUGAGGAAAGAGAAUGCUGCCAAGGAGAAGGAGCAAAAGGAAGCAGCCCGUGCUCUUGAACAGAUUGAAGCGAAAGCCAAGCGGAGCUAUCAGAAGGAUGUUGCUAAUCUUCAGUCCAGACAUUCCAAUGCCGAUGCUCUAGAUGAUCAAGAGAAAUGGGAUAUCGACAGCACUUCAGGCUAUUACUUCAAUUCCAGCAACAGCCUUUACUAUGACCCAAAAUCAGGCUUUUACUAUUCUGAUGCUAUAGGCAAGUGGGUGACCCAGGAAGAGGCAUAUGCCACAGCUCAGAGUUCUGGGGAUCCCAAACAUAAACCCACAAUGAAAGGUCCAUUACCUGCUGCAGGAGCAGGACCAAUUAAGGAAGAUAAAGAUUCUGCUAAAAGACAAAGUGGUCCUGCACCAGGGCCAGUAGUUCCAGCUUCACUGAAACCAUUGAGAUCUGUCAAAGGUGCUCCGUCAUCACUAACUGUCAGCAAGAGAAAAAGGGAAGAUAAUAAGCCAAAGCAGAAAACCAAGACUGUAACUGCAGAAGAAGCAGCAGCACUUAAGGCUAGGGAGGCUGCAAGAAAGAGAGUUGAAGAGAGAGAGAAGUCAUUGCACGGUCUGUACCAGUCUCGUUGAUACAGCACUGCUCCAGAAUCCUUUAUUUCUCUCACUGACGUGGGAAGGCUUUGCUUGAAUGUGGUAAUAAUCACAUUCUAUGCUUGAGUGAAACCAUUUUCUCUUAUAAUGAUUUUACUUUCACAACCAUAAUCCAAUAACUGUUUGUCUGAUUAGUAACUCUCAAAAAUGAAAGUGCUCUUUCUGUUGGAUCAAGUAAAAGUAAUUUCCCUGCUUAGAGUUUGUACAUUACAAUCUAGAGAAUACUAGAACAAACCUUGUAGUUGUGGAAUCAUUUAAUAGCCUUAAUUCUUU